AAAAGCUCCAGUGUUUUCCCCCCUCUCUCGGUGCGUUAUUUUCGCGAGCGCGUCGCGAGGACAUGGAAGAUGGCGAGCGCGGAGACAGCGGCAGAGCACGAGCGAAUCCUUCGCGAGAUUGAGAGCACAGACACGAACUGUAUCGGGCCCACACUCCGGUCCGUAUAUGAUGGGCAGGAACAUGGACUGUUCAUGGAUAAACUGGAGGGGCGGAUCCGUAACCAUGACCGUGAAAUUGAGAAGAUGUGCAAUCAUCACUUUCAAGGCUUUGUGGAUUCCAUUACUGAACUGCUUAAAGUGCGUGGAGAAGCCCAGAAACUUAAGGUUCAGGUUACUGACACCAAUCAAAGGCUCCAAAAUAAUGGCAAAGAGCUUCUGACAACAAUGGACGAACUGAGACAGUGCCGUUUGCAACAGAGGAAUAUUGCCACCACCAUUGACAAACUCACACACUGCUUACCAGUGUUGGAGAUGUAUAACAAACUUCAAGAGCAUAUGAGAACCAAAAGAUACUACCCGGCACUACGAACCCUGGAACAGUUGGAGGAGAGCUGUUUGCCUCAAGCGGGGUCGUAUCGAUUCUGCAGCAUCAUGGCAGAAAACAUCCCACGCCUACGGACGCACAUCAGAGACGUCUCCAUGUCUGACCUCAAAGACUUCCUGGAGAGCAUCCGCAAGCAUUCGGAUAAGAUCGGAGAGACUGCUAUGAAACAGGCGCAGGUGCAGAUUGCCCGUGACAAUGCCGUGACGUCGCAGCAGCGGUCAGCGAGUGGACGGAGGAUACGGAAGGAAGUGUCUUUAGGCACAGAGGUGGACAGGACUGGUAGCAACCCAUUUACAGAACAAGAUUCUGGAAUACUGGACGUGGAAGAUGAAGAGGGAGAUGAGGUUUCAGGUGCACAGGAUUUGGUGGACUUCUCACCCGUGUAUCGCUGUUUACACAUCUAUACUGUAUUGGGUGCCCGGGACACGUUUGAAAACUACUACAGGAAGCAGAGGCGGAAACAGGCCCGACUUGUACUUCAGCCUCACUCGAACAUGCACGAAACUUUAGAGGGGUACAGGCGCUACUUCAAUCAGAUUGUCGGUUUCUUUGUAGUGGAGGACCAUAUUUUGCACACCACACAGGGUCUGGUAAACAGGGCUUACGUGGAGGAAUUGUGGGAGCUGGCCCUGUCUAAGACCAUUGCAGCCUUGCGCACCCAUUCAUCUUAUUGUACUGACCCAGACCUGAUUCUGGAUUUGAAGCACCUCAUAGUGCUCUUUGCUGACACGCUGCAGGGUUAUGGUUUUCCAGUAAACCAGUUGUUUGACAUGUUGCUGGAGAUGAGGGAUCAGUAUGGAGAGAUCCUGCUAAAGAAGUGGAAUCAGUCCUUCAGGCAAAUCUUGGAUCAAGACAACUACAGCCCCAUCCCUGUGGCUUCUCUCGAGGAGUACCAGCGAAUCACAGGCCAGUUCCCCUUCCAGGAUCCCGAACUUGACAAGAUGCCUUUUCCGAAGAAGCUGCCGUUUUCCGAAUUUGUGCCUAAAGUAUACUCACAACUCAAAGAAUUCAUCUAUGCGUGCUUGAAAUACUCCGAGGACUUGCACCUUAGCUCCACAGAAAUUGACGACAUGAUCCGUAAGUCUACAAACCUGCUGCUCACACGAACCCUCAGCCACUGCCUACAGUAUGCCACAAAAAAGAAGAACGUAGGAUUGGCAGAGUUGGUUCAGAUCAUCAUCAACACCACUCACCUGGAGCAGUCCUGUCACUUCCUAGAGGAGUUCAUCUCAAUCAUAACAAAUGUGCCUCCCGACACCAUAAAUGCCACCAAGCUCUAUGGAACGUCCACCUUCAAGGAUGCAAGACAUUCGGCUGAAGAGGAGAUCUACACUAAUCUGAAUCAAAAGAUUGACCAGUUUCUGCAGCUGGCUGAUUAUGAUUGGACGGCUGCACAGGGAGGCGGGCAGGCCAGCGACUAUUUGAGUGACCUCAUCGCUUUCCUCUGCAGCACUUUUGCAGUGUUCACACACCUGCCGGGUAAUGCUAUAGAGCACGCCACGCUACCGGGCAAAGUGGCUCAGACAGCAUGCAUGUCUGCCUGUAAACACCUGUCCACCUCCUUGCUUCAGCUGCUGUUGGAGUCUGAUGUCAGGCAGGUGUCCAUGGGAGCCUUGGAGCAGUUCAACGUCGAUGUCAAAGAGUGUGAAAGGUUUGCCAGGGCCGGCCCGGUGCCUGGCUUCCAGGGGGACACUCUGCUGCUCGCCUUCAUCGACUUGAGACAAUUAUUGGAUCUCUUCACUCGGUGGGACUGGUCCACGUAUCUGGCUGACUACGGCAGGCCCACCUGCAAGUACCUGAGAGUGAAUCCGCACACGGCGCUGGCCCUUCUAGAGAAGAUGAAGGACACCAGUCGUAAGAACAAAAUGUUCUUACAGCUUCGUAAGAACGAGCGGGACAAGCAGAAGCUCAUAGACACUGUCGUCAAACAACUGAGAAAUCUCAUCGCUACCAACCAGGCCUGAGAAUGCCGAUGCACCCGCAGACAUCCUAAUGAUCGCCCAUCACCGGAACGUGGACAUGCAUUAGCAGACCAAUAAAAAUGACUUGUACCUAAUAAUGUAAGCAUGCACACCUCUCCCAAGGGUGCGGCCAAAUUUGCCAUCCUGUGCCUGUGUGGUACGGUGUCCAUUUCAGUCUUCCUAUAUGACUGCAUACGGUAGACACACAUGUAGUUUCUUAUAAUAGGACUUUUAUUCUGUCACACUAACUUCCUGUCACACAGUUGAUAUUGCCAUUACAAGUGCUGAAGCAAGAUUGUUGUUUGCCUUUUAUUUAACUUUAAAACUAUAGUUACUCUAUAUGGUGGAUGUUGUAUUCCAUCAAUUGGUGCAAUGUUAAAAAAGACGAGAACUAACUAAUGAAUGUUGCUUUUAUAGUCGCUUACCGAUCAAAUAUGAAUGAGUAUUUUAACAGAUGGAUCGAGGCUCCAUUUAAGUGUGCAUCAUAUUUAGGGAAGUGACUUUCCAGCACGGGAGUUCAGUUGAUGCCCUCUUUUUAUGCAAUAAGUAAUUAAUUCCCGCACAUGCAACCCACCCAUGUUUAGUCUGUUACAUCCAGGAUAUAAUAAUCCUAGGUUGAUGUUAUGUUUGAUUCAAGACUGGCUUUCGGUUGAGCGGCAGCUUUGGAAGUGUGAUGGUUUACUUGUCGCACACAUGCACAUUUAAAAUGAAUUUGAAUGCUUUUAGUAUUUAAACAAUGUCUUCCCAUACCAUCAAUGUUUUUUUUCCUAUUUUUUGGAAUGUGGGUGCAAUAUUAUGAUAAGUUUAGGUUAAGUCAAAGUUUUAGGUGGCAAUGAUUGUUUAGUUAAAGGGAGCUUUUCUUCAUUUUGUUUUUUUUUAAACUGUGUUUGCAGGCGUAAAAUGGACACAUAGUCAUUAAAAGUUAAAAGGGAACUCUUCUUAUUUGUGCACAGAACAAAUGCCAUUUAGAUUAUGUUUGUGUGUUUGAGCAUCUGUGCCUGCUCGCAUUUGCUCCCAAUGUCGUUUUCUGGUUUCAGCUCUUCCUUUGUAUGCCUUGACUUAUUCCAUGCCAAUAAUUGAUUAUGGUGGUUUCCUCACAACCCCUACACUUGAUCCAAGGAAUGGACGGUGUUUGUGUGUGAGAGCACAAGAACAUGCUCCCCUAACAGACAGCUGUGACGAUACAGACUUUAUUUUGAGAGGGACUGUACAGAUUGUUAUAUUAAACCACUAAUGACUUAUAUUAAAAUACUAAUGAAUAAAACAAAUGGCAACAGAUAUAUAAUAAACCAUGCAAGAAUGUCUGAGA